ACAUUGGGCACAACAACAACAAGUUCUACAUCAUCCAGCUUAUUGAACAGAAUGGCGCCUACAGCUGCUGGACCCACUGGGGCCGUGUGCUCCUGGUCUCUCCUGGCUGUGUCUGCAGAGCUGGCUGCUCAUCUGUCUUGGUUCCCAUCAGAUAAUGCUAAAGCACCCACCACCACUGGGUUGCUUUGUCCCGUGGGACUGAGCAUGGCUGAGUCUUUCCAGAUUUGCAUCUGUUGUUCUUUUUCCCCAUGCAGGGCUCAUCUUCUCGUGGGCCAUGUGUUUUGGAACCUGUCCUGGAUAAUCAUCUUGGCAGGAAACUGCUCUCUCCGGGAAAUGGAGAGGGAGAAGUGUUGAGUCACACAUUGUGACUCGACCUCUCAUCCUCUUGCCUUCCCCCAUCCUUAGAGGCAGAUCAUGGCACUGUCAUUCCCCUCCCCCCGGGAGAUCAUUGGCAUUGGCCCAUAGUCACCAACAAAUCAGGCCCUUGGCCACUGGGGUAACAGUGGGGUAAACUCCCCCAGGAGGUUUGGUCAGAGGGGAUACAGCGUGCUGUUCCCACCCCUCCACACAGACCAGGAGAGAGGGACCAAAGCAGCACAGCAUUUUGCCAAAGCAUGGGAGGUACUGCGGUGGGGGAGUUGGCUGCCUUCCUCAUGGCAGUCACAGCCUGGUUGCUUCAGUGGUGAGCUCUGCUAAACAGGGACCCUCAUGAGCUCAGCACCCUGCUGUGGGGAAGAGGGGGGAUAACAGACAUUUGGCUGCAGUGCUAGCCACGAAUUGUUGCUUUGGAGCUAUUGCCUCAUGCUAGGAACUCCCUUCUCAGGCAGAAAAGUUGCUGCUGCUGCCACCAGAGAGCCAGUUGCAGCCCAGGCCAUUCAUUGUCAUCAUGAAUGCUGCUUGUCUGAGUGCCUGGAGCCCAGCUGCCUCAAGGGGGUGUGUGCGCGCGCGCAUGCCCGUGAGUGCUGCGAGUUUCCCCCACUUCAUCAGCUUGCCUCCGGUCACAGGCCAAACCAUGCUGCUUGCAAAAGCGGAGAGCCGGGCCAGUCCAAGCUCACCAGCUUCCCUUCCCUGGAAACAGCCAAGACGGACUUUGAGAAGAAGUUUAGGGAGAAGACCAAGAACAGCUGGGCCGAACGGGAAAACUUUGUGGCCCACGCUGGCAAGUACACGCUGAUCGAAGUGCAGCCUGGGGAUGAGGAGGAGGGGGAAGUGUCUGUGAAGGUAGACAGUGUGGAUGGAGAGAAGAGUUGCUUGCAGAAGACACUGCCCUGUACUCUGAACAAGGCCACCCAGGAGCUGGUGUCCCUCAUCUUUAGCAACAACAUGUUCAAAGAAGCCAUGCAGACCAUGAACCUAGAUGUGAAGAAGAUGCCACUGGGGAAGCUGAGCAAGCAGCAGAUUGCCAAGGGCUUUGAGGCCCUGGAGGCCAUUGAGAAGGCCCUGCAGAAACCGUCCCAGCCUUACGGGCAGCUGGAGGAGCUGUCUUCCCACUUCUACACAGUCAUUCCCCACAACUUUGGGCGGGCCCGACCCCCUUCCAUCAACACACAGGAGGUCCUCCAGGCCAAGAAGGACAUGCUGCUGGUGCUGGCAGACAUUGAGCUGGCUCAGAGCCUGCAGGCACAGAAGAAGGAGGAGGAGAAAGAGCAGGUGAAGGUUGAAGUGCCGCAUCCACUGGAUAAGGACUAUGCGCUCCUCAAAUGUGAGCUCUCCCUGCUGGUGCCGACAUCCAAGGACUACCAGGUGAUCCAAACCUAUGUUGAGAAGACUGGUUGCACCUACCACAACCUCAAGAUCCUGAACAUCUGGAAGGUGGACCGGGAGGGGGAGGGUGAGCGGUUCAAGGCCUAUGAGAGCCUGGAGAACCGGCGCCUGCUAUGGCAUGGCACCAAUGUGGCUGUCAUUGUUGCCAUCCUGAAGAGUGGUCUGCGCAUCAUGCCACACUCAGGCGGCCGUGUGGGCAAGGGGCUCUACUUUGCUUCAGAGAACAGCAAAUCGGCAGGAUACGUGCGCUGUACUUCCAAGCAGAUUGGGAUCAUGUUCCUGAAUGAGGUAGCCCUGGGCAAGGAGUAUCGCAUCACGCAGGAUGACUCCUCACUGCGCAAGCCUCCCGCCAACUACAACAGCGUGAUCGCCUGUGGCAGGACUGAACCAGACCCUGCUUAUGACCGGGAACUGAUCAUAGAUGGGAAGAAGGUGCUGGUGUCCCAGGGGCCACCCAUCACCAUGCCCCAAUACCAGGACUCCUCCUUCUCCCAGAGCGAAUACCUGAUCUACCAGGAGAGCCAGUGUCGCAUCCGCUACCUUGUCCAGCUCCACUUCUGAGUGGCUUCCCAGGGGCUGGGACUACCUGGAGCACCGUGGGCAGGAACCUUCCUCACUGGCAUUGACGGCACUGAUGUCCCUGGCAGCAAGAGCACAUUGCCAGUGCCCGUUGCCUGCUGGCUCCAAUGGGCCCUGCUGACCUGGGUGAAGGGCGUGCUGGUGUGUGCUGCAUGAUGUGCCCCAAAAGAGGGGAAUCCUACUCUGGGAGAUCACAGCUCUGGUGCCUGAGCCAGGUAAAAUCUGAGGAGCAACAGUGGGCCCUGGGCUGGGAGCCGAUGCCCUCAGGACUUUUGUUACUAUAAAUAAAAGUCUAUGCCAUUGCA